ACCAUUAGUACGGCUCAUUCGGACCCGUCCCAGCGACGCAAGGAAGGCAAGUUCCCGCUGGAGCUGGGCCGCGCUCGGGCGUCGCGGGGCGGUCUUUUCUUGCGCAGGAACCGUUCUCCCGGCGCCGGGGCCCUGCCCGGACUCGGAUAACUGCAGGCCGACGGCCGGAAACGCGCGCGGCCAGAGCAGCGUGGCGGUGCAGAGGGAGGAGAGCGAGAGCGGCGGGGCGGCGGACGGAGCGAAGAUGGCGGCUUUCUCGGAGAUGGGUGUCAUGCCUGAGAUUGCACAAGCUGUGGAAGAGAUGGAUUGGCUUCUCCCAACUGAUAUCCAGGCAGAAUCUAUUCCACUGAUCCUAGGAGGAGGUGAUGUACUGAUGGCUGCAGAAACAGGAAGUGGAAAAACUGGUGCUUUCAGUAUUCCAGUUAUCCAGAUAGUUUAUGAAACUCUGAAAGACCAACAGGAAGGCAAAAAAGGAAAAACAACAAUUAAAACUGGUGCUUCAGUGCUCAACAAAUGGCAGAUGAAUCCAUAUGACAGAGGAUCUGCUUUUGCAAUCGGGUCAGAUGGUCUUUGCUGUCAAAGCAGAGAAGUAAAGGAAUGGCACGGUUGUAGAGCUACUAAAGGAUUAACGAAAGGGAAACACUACUAUGAAGUAUCCUGUCAUGACCAAGGGUUAUGCAGAGUUGGGUGGUCCUCCAUGCAGGCUUCCUUAGACUUAGGUACUGACAAGUUUGGAUUUGGCUUUGGUGGAACAGGAAAGAAAUCCCAUAAUAAACAGUUUGAUAAUUACGGAGAGGAAUUCACUAUGCAUGAUACUAUUGGAUGUUACCUAGACAUAGAUAAAGGGCAUAUCAAAUUCUCCAAAAAUGGAAAAGACCUUGGUCUGGCUUUUGAAAUACCGCCACAUAUGAAGAACCAAGCCCUCUUUCCUGCCUGUGUUUUAAAGAAUGCCGAACUAAAAUUUAACUUCGGCGAAGAAGAAUUUAAGUUUCCACCAAAAGAUGGUUUUGUUGCUCUUUCCAAGGCAUCAGAUGGUUACAUUGUCAAAUCACAGCACACAGGUAAUGCACAGGUGUCACAAACAAAGUUCCUCCCCAAUGCUCCAAAAGCUCUCAUCGUUGAGCCCUCCCGAGAGUUAGCUGAACAAACUUUGAAUAACGUCAAGCAGUUUAAGAAAUACAUUGAUAAUCCUAAAUUAAGGGAGCUUCUGAUAAUUGGAGGUGUUGCAGCACGGGAUCAGCUCUCUGUUUUGGAUAAUGGGGUAGAUAUAGUCGUUGGGACUCCAGGAAGACUAGAUGAUUUGGUGUCAACUGGAAAGCUGAACUUAUCUCAAGUCAGAUUCCUGGUCCUGGAUGAAGCUGAUGGGCUGCUUUCUCAAGGUUAUUCUGAUUUUAUAAAUAGGAUUCACAGUCAGAUCCCUCAGAUUACCUCUGAUGGAAAAAGACUUCAGGUGAUUGUUUGCUCUGCUACUUUGCAUUCAUUUGAUGUAAAGAAGCUGUCUGAGAAGAUAAUGCAUUUUCCCACAUGGGUUGACUUAAAAGGAGAAGAUUCUGUUCCAGAUACUGUACACCACGUUGUUGUCCCAGUGAAUCCGAAAGCUGACAGGCUCUGGGAAAGGCUUGGAAAAAAUCACAUUAGAACUGAUGACGUACAUGCAAAAGAUAACACAAGACCUGGUGCUAACAGUCCAGAAAUGUGGUCUGAAGCUAUUAAAAUCCUGAAAGGGGAGUAUGCUGUUCGGGCUAUCAAGGAACACAAGAUGGAUCAAGCAAUUAUUUUCUGCAGAACCAAAAUUGACUGUGAUAACUUGGAGCAGUAUUUUAUGCAACAAGGAGGAGGGCCUGAUAAAAAAGGACACCAGUUCUCAUGUGUUUGUCUUCAUGGUGACAGAAAGCCUCAUGAAAGGAAGCAAAAUUUGGAAAGAUUUAAGAAAGGAGAUGUAAGAUUCUUGAUUUGCACGGAUGUAGCUGCCAGAGGAAUUGAUAUCCAUGGUGUUCCUUACGUUAUAAAUGUCACCUUGCCUGAUGAAAAGCAAAACUAUGUACAUCGAAUUGGCAGAGUGGGAAGAGCUGAAAGGAUGGGUCUGGCCAUUUCCCUGGUGGCAACAGAAAAAGAAAAGGUUUGGUACCAUGUAUGUAGCAGCCGUGGAAAAGGUUGUUAUAACACAAGACUCAAGGAAGAUGGUGGCUGUACCAUAUGGUACAAUGAGAUGCAGUUGCUGUCUGAGAUAGAAGAGCAUCUGAACUGUACCAUUUCUCAGGUUGAGCCAGAUAUAAAGGUACCAGUGGAUGAAUUUGAUGGAAAAGUUACCUAUGGGCAAAGAAGGGCUGCUGGUGGUGGAAACUAUAAAGGCCAUGUGGAUAUUUUGGCACCUACAGUUCAAGAAUUGGCUGCCCUUGAAAAGGAGGCGCAGACAUCUUUCCUGCAUCUUGGCUACCUUCCUAACCAGCUGUUCAGAACCUUCUGAUCCUUACAUACACUGAAUAAGAUUUGAGUAAUAAAAGUCUGUAGUCUUAAAACUCUAAAACAAUUACACUGCUUCCGAGCAGCAGUAUUUGCAGUAACUUAAGCUAACUCUUGCAUGUCAAGAAACAUUAGUCUUAGGAAUUCUUCAUAAAAUGACAACCUAAUGAAAAUAAUAAAUAUGAUGACUAUAUUUUCAUGAAGGUUUAUAUCUUACUUUAAAGUUAUUUGAUAGUUGUCUUUAAAAAAGCUCUGAGUUUAUGCAGUGAAGUUCAUGGGUAUGUGAUUUGGCAGAGGACCUAUGUGGAACCACUAGUGAUAUCCUGAGUGGGGUUUUUCCGAGGAAGUGGUCCUACGUGGCCCCGAUCUUGAGGUGGUUGCCUAGGUGUAUAUUGAAGCCGGAGGAGAGCUGUAACAUCAAAGAAAACUGGAUGAUCCCCGGGUAGGACAGCUUGGUCAGUGGGAAGCCUGGGGUUCCUUAGAGUUGGAACAGGCUUUGUGCCUGAGGAUCAACGGCUCAUUCAAUGACGGUGGCAGUGAAGAUGUAUGUCUGAAGGUUUACCUUUUCGAGAACCUUUCUUUUCAGAUGAUACAAACCUAUGAAGGUAAAACUAUUCUGCUUUCCCUCUGAGUCUUAAAAUUAAAUGUAUUUCUUAGAAAUAUGUUUUCUUGAACCCUCUUGCCUAAAAUACCAGAAGGAAAAGGGAAAAUUUAAAUAGCUACAAUUGAAUUGUUAUUUUUUGCCUUUUGACUCUUAGUUUAUAAAACAGUUUUUUCAGGGGAAAUUAUUCUGCCCUAGAGAUUCCUUUAGAGUAUAAGCUGUCAUGAUUUCUUGUAUGAUGGUUUGCUAACCUUUUAGCACUGAAGUUUUUUCUUUGAACAAAAUCUUGAGUGAAACUUAACAUAUAAAUUGUGAGAAAAUCAUUACCAUUAAAAUCAUUGCCCUGUA